UACUAUAAAACCCACCCUCUCUUUUCAUCUUUCUCCAUCAAUUUCUGUACAAUUUUCAUCUUUCUCUUUCAAAUUCAUACAAUACACAACAAUGGUGCUCUCCAAAACUUUCUCAGAGUCGGAUGUCUCUGUUCAUUCCACCUUUGCCUCUCGCUAUGUGCGGGACUCUGCUCCAAGAUUCACCAUGCCCGAAAACUCCAUGCCCAAGGAGGCUGCUUUUCAGAUCAUCAACGACGAGCUCAUGCUCGAUGGCAACCCCAGGCUCAAUUUGGCUUCCUUCGUCACCACUUGGAUGGAGCCCGAGUGCGAUAAGCUGGUGAUGGACUCUGUCAACAAGAACUACGUCGAUAUGGACGAGUACCCUGUUACCACCGAGCUUCAGAAUCGAUGUGUCAAUAUGAUUGCCCAUCUCUUCAACGCUCCCUUGGGAGAUUCCGACACGGCGGUCGGAGUUGGCACGGUGGGAUCCUCGGAGGCCAUCAUGUUGGCGGGAUUGGCCUUCAAGAGGAAGUGGCAGAACAAGCGGAAAGCAGAGGGGAAGCCUUAUGAUAAGCCGAAUAUCGUGACAGGGGCGAAUGUUCAAGUUUGUUGGGAGAAAUUCGCGAGGUACUUUGAAGUGGAGCUGAAGGAAGUGAAGGUGAGAGAAGGGUAUUACGUGAUGGACCCUGUCAAGGCGGUGGAGAUGGUGGAUGAGAACACCAUCUGCGUCGCCGCCAUUUUGGGGUCGACUUACAAUGGGGAAUUCGAAGAUGUGAAGCUGUUGAAUGAUUUGUUGGUGGAGAAGAACAAGAAAACAGGGUGGGAUACUCCAAUUCAUGUGGAUGCUGCCAGCGGUGGAUUCAUAGCGCCGUUUUUGUAUCCAGACCUCGAAUGGGACUUCCGGCUUCCGUUGGUGAAGAGCAUCAAUGUGAGUGGGCACAAAUAUGGGCUUGUCUACGCCGGAAUUGGAUGGGUCAUUUGGAGAACCAAAGAGGAUUUGCCUGAAGAGCUGAUUUUCCACAUAAAUUACCUCGGAGCGGAUCAACCCACCUUCACUCUCAACUUCUCCAAAGGGUCAAGCCAAAUCAUCGCUCAGUAUUACCAACUAAUCCGCUUGGGUUUCGAGGGGUAUCAGAACGUGAUGCAGAAUUGUCACGACAACGCAAUGGUGCUGAAGCAAGGGCUUGAAAACACAGGAAGGUUCAGCAUAGCGUCGAAGGACAUGGGGGUGCCAGUGGUGGCAUUCUCUCUGAAAGACAGAAGCCGGCACGACGAAUUCGAGGUGUCGGAAAUGCUGCGACGGUUCGGGUGGAUCGUACCGGCAUACCCAAUGCCAGAGGGGGCGAAGCAUGUGUCGGUUCUUCGCGUGGUGAUCAGAGAAGACUUCUCGCGCACUCUUGCAGAGCGGCUGGUGCUUGAUAUCGUGAAAGUGUUGGCCGAGCUUGAUACUCUGCCACCCAAGAACGGUGCAAAAUCGAGAAGCUUGGAAAAUGGGACUAAGGAGAAGGCAGAGGAAGCAGGGAGGGAAAUAGCGAGUUAUUGGAGGAAUAUAACCAUGGCUAGGAAGAUGAAGCUUGCUGAGACUCAAGCUGGUCCUUCAGUAACAGUCAUUGCCAAAUAAGAAAGAGGACACUCCGCAAUUUUCGAUGGGUUUAAAUCCAAUCAAAAGAAAAUAACAUUUUUUUUCUUUCCAUUUAUGAAAUUUUGAGAUUGAACUU